AUGGCAUCUUGUCCCGUCUCGCCACCCGUCAUGGUGGCCAAGGGUGCCGGUCCUCCGCCGUCUCAGGAGGACGUCUCUGCCUUUGUCACCACCAUCUUCACGGCCAAGACAUCGUCUGCCUCGGUCGACGCGAGCUAUGCCCUCUGCGACCUGUUCCUCAACUCCGUCGGCUUCGCCGGCCUCCAGACGUACGGCGUCCUGGCCGAGAUCAAAAAGGCGGCCGCCGAUAAGAAGGAUGGCCUCCGGCGGGAGAGCAGCCAGAACCUCCUCGGCGCCCUCUUCGAGCGAUUCCCCCAGAGGCAGCCCCUGAGCGAGGUCCUGUUUCUCGUUCAGGACGAGGGCCUCGUCGCCUGCGCGCUGGACGCACUCUCCGAUAAGGGUGCCGUCGUCCGUGAGGCUGCCCAGUAUGGCCUCGACGCCCUCUUCGCGAACCUCAGCGCCGAGGCCCUCGUCUCCGGCCUGCUGCCCGUCCUGUCCCGCUACCUGGGCAAGAAGACGGGAAAGUGGCAGGGGACCGUCGGCGCCUACAAGAUGCUGCAGAAGAUGGCCGACAAGGCCCAGAUCGCCAUCGGCACCACCAAGGAGGAGGCGGCCGACAAGGACAUCCUCCGCGAGUCCAUGGGCUCCAAGCUCGCCGGCCUCAUCCCCCUCGUCGAAGGCGGCAUGCACGACCUCAAGGGCGAGGUCGAGAAGCAGUCCGUCCUCACCAUGAACUCGCUCACGACCCUCCUGUCCAACGACGACGUGGCGCCCCGGAUACCCCUCCUCGUCGACACCAUGCAGCACCCGUCGACGCAAACGCUGCAAAAGGCCAUCCACGCGCUCUCGCAGACGACCUUUGUUGCCAUCGUCACCUCGCCCGUCCUCGCCCUCCUGACGCCCUUCCUCGAGCGCUCCCUCAACUCGCCCAACACGGCGCAGGAGGUGCUGCGUCAGACUGUCGUCAUCGUCGAGAACCUCACCAAGCUCGUUCACGAUCCCAUCGAGGCCCGGACCUUCCUGCCCAAGCUGAUGCCCGGCGUCAAGGCCGUCUGCGACCGGGCGUCGCUCCCCGAAGUUCGUGAGCUCGCCGAGCGAGCCUUGGCGACGAUGCAGCACGCCAUGGGCAACGACCGUGACAUCAUCGCCAAGACGACCUCGGACGACGUGGCCAAGGUCCUCGACGAGCAGAUCAAGAAGCACGGCGGCCUCGUCGGUCACGCCGACACCUACGCCUCGGCACGACCGUAUAUCUGCGACAUGGUGGCGACCGACGUCAACUUCCGAUUCGUCGCCCGCAUCUCCGCCCGCAUCGCUCCGUACCUGCAGACCGUCGUCAAGGAGGACGGUGCCCACCGGAAGAUCGGCGACGCCGUCGAGAAGCUGUACGUCGACGAGGACCAUCGGCGCCACGGCGUGCCCGAGAAGGAGGACGACGGCGAGGUCGAGAUUGUCAACGCCGACUUCUCGCUCGCCUACGGCGGCAUGCUGCUGCUCUCCCACACCAACCUGAGGCUUCUCAAGGGCCACCGCUACGGCCUGUGCGGCCGCAACGGCGCCGGCAAGUCGACGCUGAUGAGGAGCAUCGCCAACGGCAAGCUCGAGGGCUUCCCCCCCCAGGACGUGCUGCGCACCUGCUUCGUCGAGCACAACCAGGGCGAGGACGCCGACAUCAGCAUCCUCGAGUUCGUCUCCAAGGAUCCCAGCAUUUCGGCGCAGGGAACCGAGCGCAUCGCCGAGGUGCUCGAGGAGUUUGGCUUCACCUCGGGCCCCGAAGGUCGCCAGGCCGAAAAGGUCGGAUCGCUGUCCGGCGGUUGGAAGAUGAAGCUCGCCCUCGCCCGCGCCAUGCUGCAAAAGGCCGACGUCCUGCUGCUCGACGAGCCGACCAACCACCUCGACGUGACCAACAUUGCGUGGUUGGAAAACUAUCUCAAGACGCACACUGACAUCACGAGCCUCAUCGUCUCCCACGACUCGGGCUUCCUCGACAACGUCACCACCGACAUCUACCACUACGAGCCGGGCAAGAAGCUGGCCUGCUACAAGGGCAACCUGGCCGCCUUUGUCGAGGUCCGGCCCGAGGCCAAGAGCUACUACACCCUCUCGGCGAGCAACGUCCAGUUCAAGUUCCCGCCCCCCGGCAUCCUCACGGGCGUCAAGUCGCUCACGCGCGCCAUCAUCCGCAUGAGCAACGUCUCGUACGCCUACCCCGGCGCGACCAAGACGUCGCUCGCCGACGUCUCGUGCCAGCUCUCGCUGUCGUCUCGCGUCGCCAUCAUCGGGCCCAACGGCGCCGGCAAGUCGACGCUCAUCAAGCUGCUCACGGGCGAGACCAUCCCGACGACGGGCAAGGUCGAGAAGCACCCGAACCUGCGCAUCGGCUACAUCAAGCAGCACGCCCUCGAGCACGUCGAGAUGCACCUCGAGAAGACGCCGAACCAGUACCUGCAGUGGCGCUACGCCAACGGCGACGACCGCGAGGUGCACAUGAAACAGACGCGCGUCCUCUCCGACAAGGAUCGCGAGCAAAUGGACAAGUGGAUCGACAUGAAGGACGGCAAGUCGCAGAAGCAGAUCGAGGCCCUCGUCGGUCGUCAAAAGUACAAGAAGACGUUUCAAUACGAAGUCAAAUGGCGCGGCCUGCUCCCCAAGAACAACAACAUGCUCUCGCGCGACACCCUCAUCGAGCUGGGCUUCAACAAGCUCGUCCAGGAGUUUGACGACCACGAGGCCUCGCGCGAGGGCCUCGGCUACCGCGAGCUCCUCCCCAAGGUCAUCUCCAAGCACUUUGAGGACCUCGGCCUCGACCCCGACAUUGCCAACCACAACGAGAUCGGCUCGCUCUCGGGCGGGCAAAAGGUCAAGGUGGUCAUCGCCGGCGCCAUGUGGAACAACCCUCACCUCCUGGUGCUCGACGAGCCGACCAACUUCCUCGACCGCGACUCCCUCGGCGGCCUCGCCGUGGCCAUCCGCGAGUUUAAGGGCGGCGUCAUCCUCAUCUCCCACAAUGAAGAGUUUGUCGGCGCCCUGUGCUCCGAGCAGUGGCACGUCGCCGAUGGACGGGUCGCGCUGCGCGGCACCACGGCCGUUAGCCUCGACCGCUUCGAAGACAGCCGGCCCGGCAGCGGCGUGAACAGCACGGCCGCGAGCUCCGUCGUCAGCAGCGCCGUGAACUCGGGCGCCGAGGACAACGGCGACAUGAAGUUUAGGGCCCGCAAGAAGAAGAAGAUGACCAAGAAGGAGCUCAAGGAGCGCGAGGGCACGCCGCACCCACCGGACACGGACGACGAGGAUAACUGA